AGUAUUCAUAUGAAAGAGGAAAUACCAGGCAGCAGCUAGAUGCCACAUGGGAUUUCCAUAAAAUAUUUGCUGCCUUUGCAGCAUCAAGAAGGGGAUGUUUGAAUGACCUGAAUCCAGACUUGGGUCAAGAGCAGGAUUGAAUGGUGGUGGUCUUCAAUGACGGGCUAGACUUGGGACUCUGAUGAAUGACAUCAGAGGGAUCUGAGGUUGGCUCUGUGGAGUCGUACCUGUCGCCGCCAAGAGACAGACAGUCUUGGCUCCCGGACAAAUGUUACUGAAAGCAUGGGUUAUUCCCCUCCCCCUCAGUACCCACGCUCCUCCUUCCUUCUCUUGCUUACACUAAUCUUUAAAAGUGAUGUAACUUAAAACAGUCCAGUGUGAGUUAAUCUUCAGGGCCAGCUAGUAUCCUGGGAGUAGAAGUUGACUAAGAUCUUUUGCCUAUAGAUUAGAGUAAUGACAAGAUCAAACACUGGGGUUUCCUGCAGACAGGUAUAUGGGAGCAGUGUCAAAGGCAGGCUAACGGAAUGGGCUUCUCCCCUUCCUCUUCAGGCCUUGUCGAGGACCAUGGCUGAACAACUCCUUCCUCAGGCUUUGUAUUUGAGCAACAUGCGGAAAGCUGUGAAGAUACGAGAGAGAACUCCAGAAGACAUUUUCAAACCCACCAAUGGGAUCAUUCAUCAUUUUAAAUCCAUGCACAGAUACACGCUAGAGAUGUUCAGAACCUGUCAGUUUUGCCCACAGUUUCGGGAGACCAUCCACAAGGCACUUAUUGACAGAAGCAUCCAGGCUUCCUUGGAAAGCCAGAAGAAGCUCAAUUGGUGUCGUGAAGUCAGGAAGCUUGUGGCUCUGAAAACCAACGGUGAUGGAAAUUGCCUCAUGCAUGCAGCUUGUCAGUACAUGUGGGGUGUUCAGGAUACUGACUUAGUCCUGAGGAAGGCCCUCUGCAGCACCCUUAAGGAGACAGACACACGGAACUUUAAAUUCCGCUGGCAGCUGGAGUCUCUGAAAUCUCAGGAAUUUGUGGAAACGGGACUUUGCUACGACACUCGGAAUUGGAAUGAGGAGUGGGACACCUUGGUCAAAAUGGCAUCAGCAGACACACCUGCAGCCCGAAGUGGCCUUCAGUAUAAUUCCCUGGAAGAAAUCCACAUCUUUGUUCUCAGCAACAUCCUCAGAAGACCCAUCAUUGUCAUCUCAGAUAAAAUGUUAAGAAGUUUGGAAUCAGGAUCCAAUUUUGCUCCUUUGAAAAUGGGUGGAAUUUACCUGCCUCUCCACUGGCCUGCCCAGGAAUGUUACAGAUACCCCAUCGUCCUUGGUUAUGACAGCCAGCACUUCGUACCCUUGGUGACUCUGAAGGACAGUGGACCUGAAAUCCGAGCUGUUCCACUUGUUAACAGAGACCGGGGACGAUUUGAAGACUUAAAGGUUCACUUUUUGACAGAUCCUGAAAAUGAGAUGAAGGAAAAGCUCCUGAAGGAGUACUUGAUAGUGAUGGAAAUCCCUGUGCAAGGCUGGGACCACGGCACCACUCACAUGAUCAAUGCUGCAAAGUUGGAUGAAGCUAACUUACCCAAAGAAAUAAACCUGGUAGAUGAUUACUUUGAACUUGUUCAGCAUGAAUACAAGAAAUGGCAGGAAAACAAGGAGCAGAGCAGGAGAGGGGCACAUGCACAGAACCCUUUGGAGCCUUCCACACCCCAGCUGUCACUCAUGGAUAUAAAAUGUGAGACACCCAACUGUCCUUUCUUCAUGUCCGUGAACACUCAGCCUUUAUGCCAUGAAUGCUCAGAGAGGCACAAAAAGAACCAGAGCAAACUCCCAAAGCUGAACUCAAAGCUGGGCCCUGAAGGACUCCCCGGCAUGGGACUUGGUGCCUCAGCCUGGAGCCCUGAGGAAACAGCUGGAGGACCUCAUUCAGCCCCACCCACGGCGCCCAGCCUGUUCCUCUUCAGUGAGACCACUGCUAUGAAGUGCAGGAGCCCUGGGUGCCCCUUCACGUUGAACGCGCAGCAUAAUGGAUUCUGUGAACGUUGCCAUAAUGCCCGGCAGCUGAAUGCCAGCCACACUGCAGAUCCUGGUAAGUGCCAAGCCUGCCUUCAGGAUGUCACUCGGACAUUCAAUGGCAUCUGCAGUGCGUGUUUCAAAAGGACUACAGCAGAGCCCUUCUCCAGCCUCACUUCCAGUGUCCCUCCCUCCUGUCACCAACGCUCCAAGUCUGACCCCUCACAACUUAUCCAAAGUCUCACCCAACACUCUUGCCACCGACCUGGAAAUGAUGUCCCCUCUGGCUGCCUUUCCCAGGCAGCACGAACUCCGGGAGACAAAGCGGGCACAAACAAGUGCAGAAAACCUGGCUGCAUGUACUUUGGGACUCCAGAAAACAAGGGCUUUUGCACACUGUGUUUCAUUGAAUACAGAGAAAACAAAGAGUUUGUCACUGCCUCCGGAAAAGCCAGUUCCACAGCCCCCAGGUUCCAGAACAGCACCCCGUGCCUGGGCAGGGAGUGCGGCACCCUCGGAAGCACCAUGUUUGAAGGGUACUGUCAGAAGUGUUUCAUCGAAGCUCAGAACCAGAGGUUUCAUGAAGCAAAAAGGACUGAAGAGCAGCUGAGAUCAAGCCAGCGCAGAGACAUGCCUCGAAACACACAGGGAGCCUCAAGGCCCAAGUGUGCCCGGGCUUCCUGUAAGAACAUCCUAGCCUGUCGAAGUGAAGAGCUCUGCAUGGAGUGCCAGCACCUGAGCCAGCGAGUGGGAUCUGUAGCCCACCGGGGUGAACCCACUCCUGAGGAACCCCCUAAACAGCGCUGCCGGGCCCCUGCCUGCGAUCACUUCGGCAAUGCCAAGUGUAACGGCUACUGCAACGAGUGCUUCCAGUUCAAGCAGAUGUACGGCUAAGUGCGAGCAAGUAGACUGGCCCAGCAAGAAUGGUCCUCAUACUGCCAGCCGGAGUGGUGCUGUAUCCAGACCCCAGAGUGCCACAGGAAGGGUGUGGGCUCUGGGACAGGGGCUUCAAGUGUCUUUGAGCAAAGGAGGCAAGAUAAGCUCUUCCUUCAUCAUGGCUGUGAGCCAUCAGGUUAGUAACCAAGACUAUGGCCAGGUGGGCUGAGAGUAGACCUCGUGACCGGCAGUACAUGAUGUCAGGUUCAGCCUGAUGCUGUUGCUGCUCAUCUACCAGGAGGCUGGGGAGAUCUUCAGACACAGAAUGCAUGCUAGGACCGGUAGCAGUUCCUGUGCCUACCUGCUCAGAAACAGGAAAAAGACACAUGGGAAGGUGGCUUGGAGCCUGGAACCAUCUUACUGCCAGCCCCUGAAAACUUUUCUCAGAGAGCCAAAGCUGACUCCUCAGAUCACCAAGGCCCUCCUCCGCAAGAUGCCGGAGGAAGCUCAGGGAAAGUGGAUGUCGGCAGAGCAGUGGGCUUCCCUACCUGCCUACUCAGUUCCCAAGGUUCUGCAGGAGAGAACCGCGCACAGACUGUGAUCUUGAGACUGCUGAAGUGGAACAUGUUCACAAGGAGACAAAACAAGCUGCUCUUGACUGCCUGCACCUUCUAGAUAGCAGGACAUCUUAGUGGAAAGGCAUGCCACCAUUGGUCAUCAUUGUCUUUUGUUCCAAAGAGACUAGUUUGAACUGAAAUGUGCAUCAGAGUGUGUACAUAUGUAACAUACCCUUAUGUUAUGUAUGAGGGAUUUUUUUUUUGAACAUUGAAAUGGUGCCCUGGAGGGUGGGAAAACUAAAUAAUAAUAA